CUUCUUUCGGGCCGGGCCGGGCGCUCCUGGACGGUGCGGCUGCUUCCCCGCCUGGGGCGCGCUGGUUUAUCCCCGCCCCGAGUCUGGGGACUGAUGGACGGAAGAAGCCCAAGCUAAGAGGCGGAGGCGCCCUCUCCCCGGGAGCGGAACGAUUCGGGCAGCUGCUGGCGGACAAGAACUCCCUGCAGGUGCAACCAGGAGACAGGGAGGACCAUGCCACCUUCCAAAGAUGUUGUCAAAAUUGCUGUGCAGAUGAUGGGUGCAAUUCCCCAGCUCAUAGAACUGAAUCAGGCUAAGCCUUUGUCAGCAGUUGUGAAAGAAGUCUGUGAAGUGUGGAACCUGAAUAAUUCCGAGCGCUAUGCUCUGCAGUAUGUGGAUGGCCAGCAAGCCUACAUCACGGAAUUGAACCGUGGAGAGAUUAAGAACGGGAGCAUCCUGCAGUUGACAACUGCUCCGGAUCAAGAGGCAGCAAAACUGCAUGGGGGUAUUCAAAGCAACAGUGUGGAUGUGAAGACUGACUCUUUGAAGAAGCUGGCGAGCCUUUCCCGGGAUGUGGCGUUUGCACAGGAGUUCAUUAGCAGGAAUGGCCUUAAUCAGCUUUUCCUGAUUGUGGAAGAAGACAACCAUACAGGGGAGAUUCUGGCGUAUGCCCUGAAAGCCUUUGUGGAGCUGAUGGAACAUGAUUUUGUUUCCUGGGAGACCCUCAGCCCCACUUUCAUCAAAAAGAUCGUGAGUUACAUCAAUAUCAUCCCCCUGGAUGCUUCCAUCCAGCAGAUUUCCCUGGCCAUCUUGGAGAACAUGGUGCCCACCAGCCGGGCUCUUUUUGAGCUAGUCAAGCAACAGGUGACCCUGGACCGCCUCAUUGCUCUCCUGCAAGUAAUGAACACGCAGCUGCAGCUCAAAGCUAUGGCUCUUCUGAUCGCUCUCCUCCUCAAUGCCGGGGACACAGAAAGAAGGGACAUGAUGGACUAUCUAGGGGAGAAGAACCUCAGACAAUUUAUCCACAAGAACAUUGUCCAUGCCUCAGAUCCAAUUGCGGAUGAGAUGGCUCACUACCUCUAUGUCCUGCAGUCCCUCACACUGAACCUUCUGGAGCGUCGAAUGAGGACUCCAAUGGAUCCCUAUUCUCAGGAACAACGGGAUCUCCUCCAGUCUUUGCGCCAUGCUGCCUUUGUGUCUGAGAAUGAGUCUUCUGCUGGCAGCUAUAACACUGAGCGUCGACACUCUCUCUGUGCCAAGGAGUUCCGCAAGCUGGGCUUUGUGAAUAACAGUAACCCUGCAUUGGAUCUGCACCGGACCCCUCCAGGGCUGCUUGCGCUGGACAGCAUGGUCUAUUUCUCCAGGCAUUUCCCAAAUGCCUACAGCAGGUUUAUUCUUGAGAAUAGCAGCCGAGAAGAUAAACAUGAAUGUCCAUUUGCUCGGAGUAGCAUCCAACUUUCCUUUAUGCUGUGUGAGAUUCUUCAUGUAGGGGAGACAUGCUCAGAGACAGCCCAGGCCUUCUACCCCAUGUUCUUUGGCCAAGAACACUUCUUUGAGGAGCUCUUCUGUAUUUGCAUCCAGCUGUUGAACAAAACCUGGAAGGAGAUGCGAGCUACUCAGGAAGAUUUUGACAAGGUGAUGCAAGUGGUUCGGGAGCAGAUCACCCGGACCCUGGCCUUGAAGCCCACUUCACUGGAACUCUUCAAGAGCCGAGUGAACACUCUCAACUACAGUGAGAUCCUGCGUCUCCGGCAGACCGAACGCAUGCACCAGGAGGAAAUUCUACCUGUCCCAGUCCUGGAGUUGAGAGAGCGACUGAAACCUGAACUCAUCAAGUUGAUCCAGCAGCAGAGACUCCUGCAUCUUUGCGAAGGGACGCUUUUUCGCAAAAUCAGUAGCCGUCGCCGUCAAGAUAAGCUCUGGUACUGCCGCCUUUCCCCCAACCACAAAUUUCUCCAUUAUGGAGAUGUUGAAGAAGGUGUGGAAAAUCCACCAAUAGAGGGCCUGCAGGAGAAAGUUUCUGUGGCUGACAUGAAAGCAUUGCUAGUUGGCCGGGAAUGCCCACACACCAAGGAAAAGAGUUCGGGCAAGCAGAACAAGGAUCUUCUUGACCUUGCAUUCUCUGUAAGUUACGAUGUUGGAGAGCAUCUGAAUUUCAUUGCGCCCACACGUUAUGAGUUCUGUUUGUGGACCGAUGGACUGAAUGUGCUUCUUGGUCGAGAGAUGGUCAGUGAAAGGACACAGAGUGACCUGGAUAUCCUGCUGUCUAUGGAGCUCAAAUUGCGAUUGUUGGAUCUGGAGAACAUUGCCAUCCCAGAUGCACCGCCUGACAUCCCAAAGCCUCCCAGCAACUUAAAUUUCUGCUAUGACUUUACCCAUAUCGAACAGUAAGGGCUGUCUUUUUCCUUAGCACACAGUGCUCCAAAGCAGGAUGAUCUGCACAGCACAUACACUGCUUUACAAAUUCACUGGCUUGGUUGUUUGGAUCAGCCUGAAAGCCCGAUCAGGAAUGUGGCAUGGGUUCCCUGCUUUCAUCUCACAUGUUGAUUGCUUCCUCUAUUUCCACCUUUCACCCAAGUAGCGUUUACUGUGACAUCAAAGUUGGGCAAACCACAGGCAACCAAUCCAGUUCAAACCACACAUCAAAGCAUGGUUUGAAGAUGAGCAGUGACCACAGAUUGCCUAAUUCAAACAUCACAGCAAACUAAGCGAGUCAAGGAGGAAGGAGUGUGUCAGCUUGUGGUUUGUUCACAGUCUUCCCAAUUGGGCAUUGGUUGAGUGUGUUUUUUAAACUUUAAAUCCUAGAAAAUCAGUUAUUUCAAUCAACGCUUGUGGAGGCACAUCUACAUUGCUUUCUUCCAUUCAAGGUGCCAUCAAAAUUUGGAACAGGAAUUGCUUUGUCAGGGAGGUGAGGAAGUGGGCAAAGAGGCCUUAAGAAUAGGAACUGAGCACUGUGGAAGGAAACAGAGAACUGAACAGCCACCUGCUCAGCAGGAUAUUUGUCUCUAUGAGCUAGCCUCUGUAACUGGUGUUAGAAAGAUACCCAUAAGAAAAAAACCCCCACACACCUACAGACACACACACACACACACAUAAACCCACAAGGGAGUUUGGUUUCUUCAUAGGUUGGCUUGUGCUCUGCAGAGACCUCAUUCCGCAAUCUUUAGCAUCAUCCUAAAUGGCAGCCACAUAGAUGCCCAACAGCUCUUUGGACAUGAUUAAUGCCACAAGCUGCCUCAAGCAGGCAACCACCCCAGCUUCUGCAUACUGCACAAGCUAGACUUCCAGUUGCUGCUGGUGUGAAAACUGGGGAGUGGGCUGGUGGCUGUCAGAGCAUCGGAACAGACAAAAGAGGCAGAAAGUUCUAUUUCUCAUCAAGCUGAGCCUUGAUCUCAGUUUCAGUGAAAACAGACUGCCACUGGCUUCAGCUGCCUGAAACAAUAAGCUUCUAAGGGCAGCCUGGUUAUUGGUUUCUGGCUCACAAACAGGUCUUUGAAUUAUCUCAGCCAUGAAUUUUUCAAAGUUUUUCUUUGAAAUUGUACUUCCCCAGGAAUUGCACAAGCCAAUUUGGGGGGGUGGGCAGUUGGCUUCUUCCUCUGCUUUCCUUGGGAAGAAAGGAAUUGAUCUCUCUCAGGCAGACUGGUCCCUUCUCCACCCCUUCCUAAGCUGGUGUAAUUUGAAGGCUGUCAAAUGCUUGCUCUGCCUUUUGGUACGUUUUGCACUUUACAAAAUUGCCCCUCCUGCACUGGAGACAAGGCAGCCACGGUUCCAGUCUUCCUAAGCAAACGGAGGCCUUCUGUUCAAACCUGGAGCACAAUUAGCUUUCAGGGACAAGUGGGUGGUUUUUUUUUUGUUUUUUUUUACUUAUUUCUGUGACUGUUUGCAAGUACGAUGUUUGGUACGGGGAGAGAUUCCCGAUGAUCUCUCUUUUUAAGAAUGCUUCGGUAAAAUGCAUCCAAAGGUAUGUUUAAAAAAUCCUUUUAGGGUAUAUUCCUUGGUACUUAAGAGUCAGCACUGUUGCUUUUGAACAAUAUUUUUGAUUCUGUUCCAGCACAAGUUGGAUUCUGGAUAUGCCAUAAAACAAACAAUCCUUAUUUUUUAAAUGGCUUUUCCUUAUACUUCUUAUUCUGCUUGGCCUUAGCCACUGUAAGCUGUUGAAGGACCAAAGCCUUGCAUUGUGCAAGACCAUUUGCCAUCUUGUUCUGUGGACAGAGCUGGACAGAGCACCGUUUUGGUACCUUACAAGGGUGGGGGAAGAUGUCACAUUGCAUCGAGCCAGGGAUUAAACUAGAGUCUCUGAGGCUCAGCCUAAUCCAAAGGAUUGGAGCCUUCCCCCUUUAACUUGACCAAGGGCAAAGCAGUUCUGCAGCAUCCUGAGAAUGACAGUGGAUGGUGACAAAAAGACUGCAGAGAAAGGCUUCUUUUGAUAGCUAACUCCCUUUGUCUCUAUUAGCUAUUUUGAAAGCAAACGUGGCUGAUCGUUACUGUUUUCAUGUACGUUCUGUGUGAGUUUUUUUUUCUCACCCCACAACAGACAUGGAGUCCAUCACACUGGAUCAACAAUUGCCUUUUUUCCCCCCUCCAGCUCUUUGCAUAGUAUUUAGUCUUGCACCACGGAAACUAUUCAUUGGUUAAGGACAAACCUCUGUUUCAAUAACUGCAAAAAAGGGAUUCAUGGGCAUCCCCCAAUUUCCUUCUUGCUCAGAUGAUUCUACUGUAACAAAUUCACUGUGGUACUGCCUUUGGCAUAGAAGCCAUUAAUCAUUAAAAAAAAAAAGAGGA